GGCAACAUAGCCAUGACACUGCAAGUGACAACACGGGGCGGGCUGCAACCUGAGCCCUCCGCUCCAGGCAUGCAAGGAGUUAACGGCUGGGUAGAAAAGCAGGGACACCCUGCCUGACUCAUGUCAGAUCAAGUACAGAUCACCCCCGUGCCUUUCGGGAUAAAAAUGGAUAACUGCUUUGUGGAGGAGGUCGCUGCAUCUGUGGUGAGAGAAUUUCUCAGUAGAAAGGGUUUAAAAAAGACCAUGGCCACCAUGGACCAGGAAUUUCCACGCUCUGCUCUUAGCAUCAACAACAGGAAUGAACUCAGAAAUGUUCUCCAUAUACAAUCUCUGUACAAAGAAAACAAGGCCAAGGAGAACCCACUGAAAACAAUUCUAGAAAUGAUGACAAACUAUUUCCUUGGAUAUUUUGGAAGCAUGACUACCAUCAGUCCAAAUUCUGUGGCAUCACUACCUCCGAAUAAAACCUCCAUACUCAGUACAGCAGACUACUCCGAAGACAUGCGUGGGAAUACAAGGUCCGACGCAAGUAAAACUGAAACCUACAGAUGUGAGAUUGAUGACCUGCUUGAUAAAGUCAUUCCAUCCAGGAGACAUCAUCAUAAAAGUGAGAAAUCCAACACUGGGAUAAGUCCAAAUAGUAGCUCAUUCUCCGAAGGGGAUAAAAAGUUUAAAAACAGCAUGGAGGAUUUAAAAAUAAUAAGAAAUUCAGAGGAGAUGAAGACCACAAUGAAAGAGAAACAAAGGCCUAGGUCUAGUCUUAUCCUCAGAGGAAUGAUGGCUGGACCAACAGCGAGUUCACAAGAGGACUCGCUAAAAAGGAGGCCUCUGAACCAACGAUCUUCUAGCAUAAGUAGCAUAAUACAAUUCAAAGGAGAACACAGUCAUUCUUCAAAUCUGCCAAAUGGCGAUUUUCAGGAGAGCAAAGUGACUUCUGUCCAGUCCGUAGGUAACCUCUGUCCACACAAUGACAGUGCCAUGAAAGCAGACAUGGAGCUUUCAUCCAAGACUUUGUCAGGCUCGUACAGGAUUUCAGCCGCCGAGGAAAUCAGAAAUAUCCGUGAAGACACAGACGACCUGUUUGCCAGGCUGCUGUCAGAAAGAGAGAGAAGCCGAGUUGGAGAGAGGAAAUUGAUGCCAAGCUUUGAUACAGAGACGGGUGAAAAAACCCUCAAAUUAAAUACGUUUCACAGAUAUUCUGGAUCUGGAAGGGAGAAAAGAGAAAGGUCUCUCAAGAAGAAUGAAAGUCCAUUACCAGGCCCCAGAAAGGCGCCAACAUCCAUUUCCAAUAAAGGCGACCUGAUGAAAGAUGCCUUAGAACUAGUUGAUGUCGAGGAUGAAGCAGCAGUUGGGGAAGUUAGCAAGAUCCCAGACCAUUCGACACUCUGCACGCUUCAAGUAGAUUCAAAGGCAAUGGAUAUUUCCCUUGCAAAAGAAAUAAAAAAUCUUUUGUUUGGCUCAAGCCUUUGUUGCUUCAGUGAAGAAUGGAAAAUACAGAGUUUUACAUUUAAUAAUACACCUCAGUUGAAAUAUGGCAUUGUGCAAAAAAAGGGUGGCCCGUGUGGAGUACUGGCUGCUGUUCAAGCCUGUGUCCUGCAAAAGCUUAUCUUUGGAGACAGCGGCAGGAAUAGCGAAGCUGGGUGUCUCCAGCCUUCAGAAGUGCAUAGGACCAAAUGCCUCACUGUGGCAAUAGCAGAUAUUUUAUGGCGAGCAGGGGACCACGAAAAAGCAGUGAUUGCACUGCCUUCAGGAAGGCAGCAGUUUACUCCGGUAGGAAAAUACAAAGCAGAUGGGAUCUUAGAAACGCUAAUGCUACAUAACAUCACAAAAUAUGAGGAUCUGACAAUAUUUCUUCAGAAGUAUAUUCAUCAGUUUGAAACUGGUCCGUGUGGAUGCAUUCUUCUCACUCUGUCAGUGAUCUUAUCAAGAUCUAUUCAUCUGGUGCGCAGUGACUUUGAUGUGCUCACAAACCAAUUGAUAGGUAGCCACGGAUACUGCACACAGGAACUUGUGAACUUGCUUCUGACUGGCAAAGCUGUGUCCAAUGUGUUCAACAAUGUGAUAGAGCUGGACUCUGGAAAUGGCAACAUCACUAUAUUAAAAGGCAUCACUGGACGCAGUGAUAUCGGCUUGCUGUCUCUCUUUGAGCACUAUGAUGUUUGCCAGGUCGGCUGCUACUUGAAGACCCCUAAGUAUCCGAUUUGGUUGGUAUGCAGCGAAAGCCACUUCAGCGUGCUGUUUUGCUUGCAAAACGACUUACUGGGUGACUGGAAAACAGAACGGCGGUUUGAUCUAUAUUACUACGAUGGCUUGGCCAAUCAAGAAGAAGAAAUACGGCUAACUGUUGAUACAACUCAGAAUUAUACUGAAGAUAAAGAAAAUGAUCUUAUUCCUCCCCUUGAGCACUGUAUUAGGACAAAGUGGAAGGGAGCCGUUAUCGACUGGAACGGCACUGAGCCCAUCUUAUGACUGAGCUGACCCUGGACUGCAAGAACAGCGCCUUCCUGUUCCCACCAGUCAGGGAGAGAGGGCAGGAGCCUGCCCAGUUACACAAUUUAAGCACAACAGAAUGACAGGCUGCGUGCUGGCUGGUGGGAAGAAAAUCCCGGCAUGCUUCAGAUCGGCCGUCUGCAGUGUAAACAACCUCGACACACGUUCUUUGCCACUGCCUUGUAUGUACAGUGCCUGAAAGCAGGAGCCACCGCUGCCAAAUCAUGCAUUGGGAAAAAUCAGUAAAACUGUCAGCAUCUGCUCGA